AAGAUUACAAUACAUUAUGGUGCUACGCUUGGCGGAUUGGCGCAAAAUUAAUUUUUAAUAUUAAUGUUUUUGUUGUGAUAUUUGAUUCAAUUUAAUUAAAUCAAGCGCCAGUAUUACAAUGUUAUUCAAAGUAGAAAGUGGUUCGUCCACAAGUUUACAAAGUAACUUUCUAUCCCGUGAAAUCGAAAGACAUGAUUUACAGUAUGCCGAUUGCUCCAAAAGGUUCUAUCAAGUAUCAAGGGAUUUUUCGAAACAGUAUGCCCACAUUUAUUCCUCUAGACUUAAUACUUAUAGAAAUAUCUUAUUACCAGUAAUAAAAAAGAAGUGGUCAAACAAUUUCAAAGUAUUAAGGUUGUGUGAUCUUCACGAUAAGAAUACCACAUGCAUAAUUAUCGGCACAUUAUUCAAAUUACAACAGCUCAAGCCAAGUAUUCUGAAGGAAUUAUCUGAUCAGCUGGAAAUUAUUCCUCAGCCAGUAAGAACUCACUUUGUACAUGAAUCAGAUAGUUUGGUGUUAGAAGACGAAUUACAGAGGAUUAAAUUAGAUGGUGAUUGUAUAGAUACCCAUCAAGUUGUGACAGGAGUUGUUUGUGCUGUUUUAGGCUCUGAGGAUAUUGAUGGAGUUUUUUCAGUAAAAGAUGUGUGUUGGGCAGGAUGUUCUAUUCAAAAACCCUUACCCCAACUUAGUUGUGAUAGGUACAUAGUUCUGUUGUCUGGCUUAAAUAUGGCAUCUAAUAAAUCAGAUCAUCUUUUUUCUCUUCAUUUGCUUUUGGAAUGGCUAUCUGGUCUAUCAGGAACUACUGAAUAUCAAGAAGAAGUAUCUAAAAUUGUAAGAGUAAUCAUAGCAGGUGGAUUAUUUGCCAAUAAUGCAAAUGAAGAAUUAAAUGAAUCAAGUGUUAUAGCUUCAGCUGACUCUGUUGAUGCUUUCUGUAGUGCUGUGAGUUCAGUAGCACCUCUGGAUCUUAUGCCUGGCAGCAAAGACCCUGCAGGAGCAAUGCUACCACAGAAACCUUUACAUUAUUGUUUAUUUCCUAAGGCAAAUGAGUUUAAGUCAUUCAAUAGAGUCUCUAAUCCAUAUGAAUGUGAAGUUGGAGGUGUACUUUGCUUAGGAACAUCAGGUGAAUCGGUGAAAGAUAUAAAGCGAUACAGUAAACUUGAAACUGAUUUAGAAGUAAUGAAAAAGACAUUACAGUGGCGUCAUAUAGCUCCUACUUGUCCUGAUACUAUUCCUUGUACACCUUGUGUGGCAACUGAUCCAUUUAUUAUGUACAAUUGCCCUUCCAUAUAUUUCAAUGGUGAUUGUGAUGAGUUUGCCACAGAUGUAUAUGAAGGAGAGGAUGGUCAGAAAGUUAGAUUGGUGUGUCUACCUGAUUUUUGUAAAACAAAAACUGUAGCUCUGGUUAAUAUGGCAAAUCUUGAUUGCUGCAGUAUGACAUUUUCCUAAAUGAGUAUUGUGAUUUCAAUAUAAUUUAAAAAAUAGCAUUAAAAAAAUAAAUAACACCAUUUUUUGUUAAUUGAAUGGGUUUGAUUUCAAUCAUAUUUAUUUUGCAUGCAUUUUAAAGAACUUGGUAAAGAAUAGUGAUCCAUUGAAAUUAAAUAAAAAAUCACACCUGUUACUGCUGGGUUAUAUCGGUAAAAGAGACCACGGCUACUGCAACAUAGCUGAAAUGUCGAGGUAAAUAAAUAGUUUUCAAAAUAAUGCACAAACAAGACCUGCUUACAUAUAAAUAUAAUGUAUACAAAUAGUGUGAAUUUAAAAAGAUUUUAAUAACUUAAUAGAAAUGUUAAAAGAAGUUUAAUAGUUAAAUGCCUGAGGUAAGGCGUAAAUUUUGUGCAUUUCCUUUCCAGCUCUUUUAUUUCUUUAAUUAAAAAACUACUUCAAGAGCCUGAAGUGGCCUGAAAACAUA